GGCAGACAUUUAUGGAGUGAACUCAGUGUUCCAGAAGAAUCUGUGAUGUCCUCACAGAACGGGACACGGAACAGAGCCGUGCUGGCCUCCCUCCCACCUCCCUCCGGCCCUUCACUGCCCAGCACACCUGACACCCUUGGUCCCCACUCCCCACGGAGGCUGGCAAGGCCCCGUCACUUUAGCCACCUGAACUAAGUUGCCGGUGGGCCUAAGGGGGCCUGCUCAGGCCCCCCCCCCGAGGUGAAAAUGGGCACGGUCGUGUCUUGGGGAGCCCUCACCACUUUCCCUCCAUCCCAAACUCCCCAACUCUCAACUCCCUCAGGGUGUGGCCCUGCUCCGCUCCCCUGGGAUGUCACAGAGCAAGCCCAGAGGACCCCAUCCUGCCCCCACCCCGGGCCAGCGCUCUCCUGGCUGGGGGACUCAGAAGAGCGGCCUCCAGUCGUAGCACCCAUCCAGUCGUGGUCCCAGGCCUGGCCCCCGCUUCCCGUGAAGAGCGCGGUCCCACAGGCUGGAGCCUUGGGACCUUGCCCGGCCCUGGGCUGAGGCUUCGUACAUGGCGACCUUCCCCCACCCCCCCAUCUGGGAGGUCUUGAGGGGUCGGCACCCCAGGAUGCGGGGCUAGGGCCCCGAGAAUGACAGUGGGGCACCGGGUGGGAGUAGCGGGUGCUAUUAGGCAGGACUUGCCCACACCUGUGUCCCCGUCUGUCCAUCCACCUGUCCCUCCGCCCGUGGCUGCAGCCCAAGCCUUGAUGUGUCACCAGUGCAAGGACUUCGGAGGGUGCACCCGUGCAUUCAGAUGCCCACGGAACUCCAACUACUGCGUCACCAUCGCCACCCGGGUCCCCUUAAGCCUCAUCGACCUGCCUAUGGUGACCAAGUCGUGCCAGACCAGCUGCCCCGACAUCUCUACCCUGGGCCUCGGCCCCCACGUGUCCAUUGUCUGCUGCCAGUUCAGCCUCUGCAACCAGGACUGAGCGCCCCUCCACCCGCAGCCGCUGCCCCUGCUCACAGAGCCCAUGCCGCGCCCUGGCCCCCAGGCAGACCCUGCUCCCCCCGCAGCUGAGAUGGGGCACCGGGGCCGGGGGGCGCUCCAGGAGCAUCCCGCCCGUGCAGGGGGGUCAGGGGACCCAAGGGUGGCACUGCGUGGGUCUG